UUGCGACCAUGAAGGUGUGCUACGUUCUUCUGGCGGCCUUGGGCGCUCGUGUCGCCGCGACCACACCCACCGACGCCGAGAUGGACGCGCAGGUGCAAAAGAUGCUCGACACGCUGACAGACGACCAACUCCUCGCGCAAAUGAACCAAAUCGACAUUGGCUCGUUCCUCCUCGACGUCAAGGGCGCGAAAGAGCUCAACGAGUCCCAAGUCCAAGAGUAUGCCGACCUCGGAGUCGGGUCGUACCUGAACGCCCCGUUCCUCGCCCCGCAAGACAACCGCGUGAACUGGAACACGAGCGAGUACCGCGCCGCGAUCGGCAAGAUUCAGAGCAUGCACACGUCGUCGAGCCUGAAGAUCCCGAUCUUGUACGGUCUCGACUCUGUGCACGGCGCCAACUACGUGCAGAAGGCGGUCAUUUUCCCGCACGCGAUCAACGCGGGCGCGACGUUCAACGCGACAUUGGCGCGGAUGAUGGGUCUGUACACUGGUCGGGACACCAAGGCCGCGGGGAUUCCAUGGGUGUUUGGUCCGAUGAUGGAGCCCGCUCGACACAAGCACUGGUCGCGCAUCUACGAGAGCUUCAACGAAGACCCGACCGCCGUGUCCAUCUUGACGUCUGCGUACAUUGAAGGCAUGCAAAGCCAGAAAGUCGCUGCGUGCGUCAAGCACUUGAUCGCGUACUCGAACCCGAUCGACGGCAACGACCGUAGCAACGUGAACGCGUCGUCUUACGAGCUUCUCAACUAUUACGCGCCGCCAUUCAAGGCCGCGGUGGACGUAGGCGUGAUGAGCGUCAUGGGGUCGUACAUUGCGCUCAAUGGGGUACCCGUGGCCGCGAACGAGCUCACGUCCAAGGCAUUGCUUCGCCACGACCUCGGCUUCAAGGGCAUGCUCGUGUCGGACUAUGGCGAGAUGUACCUACUCCGCCGCGACCACAAGGUCGUGACGUCGGACCUGGACGCUGUCGACAUGAGCCUGAACAAAACAUCGUACGAUAUGAGCAUGACCCCGUGGGACAUCACAUUUAUCACGCACGGCCAGAAACUUCUGCAGCAACGGCGGCUGAAACGUGCGCGGCUCGUCGAGUCGGUGGCUCGGAUUCUCAAGCUAAAGCUCCAGCUGGACCUGUGGAACCAGCCGGUGCCGGGGGCGGAUGUGGUCGAGUCGGUGGGGGAUGCCGCGUCGAAAGCGGCGGCGCUCGCCGCGGGCCACGAGUCGAUCGUGUUGCUCAAGAACGAAGAAGGGGUCCUCCCGCUAAAGUUGCCCCUGUCGUCGUUGUUUUUGACGGGGCCGUCGAUGGACGACGUGGGGUACCUUUGCGGAGGCUGGUCGCUGUACUGGCAAGGCACGUCCGGGAACGGUAUGUUUCCGAACGGGAUCUCCAUUCGCAAAGGUAUUGAAACGAUCCUCGGGUUGAAUGGGUCGACGUUGCCAUACCUUGGCGGUGUUCAGAUGGAAUCUGGCAAUAUCACGAGCGCCGACGACUUUGCCAAAGCCAAGCUGUUCGCUCAGGCUGCCACGUAUACAAUCGUCGCGCUCGGCGAGCGUACGUACGCUGAAGAUGGCGGCAACAAAGACCCCCAGGAACUGCCCCCUGGCUUUACCACGUACGUCGAAGCAUUGGCGGCGACGGGUACCAAGAUCAUCUUGGUGCUCACGGAAGGCCGGCCGCGGCUCCUCGGUCGGCUGCCGACGCUGGCAUCGGCGGUGCUGUGGGCGGGCUUACCGGGGGAAAUGGGCGGCCAAGCGAUCGCCGACGUCUUGUUCGGCAAGGUGAAUCCAAGCGGCAAGCUUCCGUACACGUACCCCCAGACCGAUUCGUUUGUCAACUUGGCGUCGCCAUACUAUAUGCGCAAUGCAACGCACUGUAUCAACAAGGUGCACGGAAAUGUGUCGGCGUGUCCGACCGAGUACCACUUUGGCGACGGGCUCAGCUACGCAUCAUUUGAGUAUUCCAGCGUCUCCCUUAGCUCCAAAAGUCUAAGUUAUUCGUCGUCCAAGGGCAAGAAUACGCUCACGGUGUCAGUAACGAUCAAAAACAGUGCGGCGAUUGCAGGCCAAGAGACGGUGCUGCUGUUCAUGACGCCGCCGCCGACCCGCCCGACCGCGGAAACCAAACUGCUCAAGCGAUUCCAAAAGAUAUGGCUAGGUCCUGGAGAGUCCCGAGAACUGAAAUUUGAUCUGCAGCCUCAAGACUGGGGGUACUACUCGAACGAGAUUGGCGCUGGAUUGGCUACCACGAGUCCCAGCGGCACGUACACGGUGUUCUUUAAAGGAAGCACCGACUGCAAUAACCAGCAGCACCACCAGUUGUGCCAGACGUUCGAGUGGAGCAUCCCGGGCUCGGGGGUACUGCCCUUGCAAGACCCGAGCAAAUCGCCAGUGUCGGGCGGAACACUGACACAUGUGGCCACGAUGGCGGUCGUCGUGGCGGCGAUCUCGGCGUUGGUGGCAUGGUGAUAUGGAUAGGAUGAUAUACUAGUACUUACUACUAGUACUAAUAGUAGAACACUGCUGUACAGUUGUAAUGGAACAUAAGACUACGACGGUUGUAUAUAUAUUGUAUACUUCGA